GCCCGGCCUGCGGGCGCCCGGGCGGCGCGAUGCAUUGUGGGGUGGCGGCGGCGGCGACGUCGGGCUGGGCAGCGUUUGGAGGGUCGGGGCCAUGGCUUCCUGGGCCCGGCUUUCGCCGAGCAUCGUGGAGUAUUUCGAGGGCGAGGACUUCUACCGCUGCGGCUAUUGCAAGAACGAGACAGGCAGCCGCUCCAAUGGCAUGUGGGCCCACUCCAUGACCGUUCAGGAUUAUCAGGAUCUUAUAGACCGAGGAUGGCGCAGAAGCGGGAAAUACGUAUACAAGCCUGUCAUGAAUCAAACAUGUUGUCCUCAGUACACAAUAAGGUGCCGACCUUUACAGUUUCAGCCAUCAAAGUCUCACAAGAAGGUUUUGAAAAAAAUGUUGAAAUUUCUGGCUAAAGGGGAAAUUUCAAAAGGCAAUUGUGAGGAUGAGCCCAUGGAGCCUACUGCGGAGGAUGCUGUUGCUGGUGACUUUGCGUUAAUAAAUAAAUUGGAUAUACAGUGUGACCUUACAGUGCUCAGUGAUGACCUCAGAGAGAGCUUAGAGAGUGAAGAGAAGCAGAAAGGAAAGAGCUCAAAGAGGGAAGACGCCAAUGAAUUGAUUCAGUCUCAAGAUAUUGAAGAGAAGUUGGGCUCUGGGGAGCCGUCACGUUCAGUUAAAGUGCAUACAGUUCCAAAGCCAGGCAAAGGGGCAGAUUUGAGUAAGCCUCCAUGUCGAAAAGCCAAAGAAAUCCGGAAAGAAAGGAAAAGGUUAAAACUCAUGCAGCAGAACCGAGCUGGUGAACUUGAGGGACUCCAGGCUCAGUGUGAACCACUGUCUUCAUCCCCACCAAAGGCUAAAUGCAACCAGCCCAAGUCACUUGAAGAUUUAAUUUUUGAAUCUUUACCAGAGAACGCAUCACACAAGUUAGAGGUGAGGGUGGUGAGAUCAUCUCCACAAAGUUCUCAGUUCAAAGCCACAUUUCAGGAGUCUUACCAGGUCUAUAAACGUUACCAGAUGGUUAUUCACAAGGAUCCACCUGAUAAGCCAACCGUGAGCCAGGUGAGGUUAGUACCUGUCUCCUUUGAGGACCCAGAGUUCAAGUCGUCCUUCAGCCAGUCUUUUUCUUUGUAUGUCAAGUAUCAAAUGGCCAUACACCAGGAUCCGCCUGAUGAAUGUGGGAAGACUGAGUUUACAAGAUUUCUGUGCAGCUCACCUUUGGAGGCAGAGACGUCUCCUAACGGCCCAGAUUGCGGUUAUGGCUCCUUUCACCAGCAGUACUGGCUUGACGGAAAGAUCAUUGCUGUGGGCGUGAUUGACAUCCUUCCACACUGUGUAUCGUCUGUGUAUUUGUACUACGAUCCUGAUUAUUCGUUUCUGUCUUUGGGAGUCUACUCUGCACUCCGAGAAAUUGCUUUUACUCGGCACCUUCAUGAGAAGACGUCUCAACUCAGCUAUUAUUAUAUGGGUUUCUACAUUCAUUCGUGUCCUAAGAUGAAAUACAAGGGUCAGUAUAGGCCGUCUGAUUUGCUGUGUCCUGAGACCUAUGUUUGGGUACCCAUUGAGCAGUGUCUGCCUUCACUUGAGAACUCCAAGUACUGCCGUUUCAACCAGGAUUCAGAAGCAGUGGACGAAGGUCGCAGCAAGGAACCUGACCGCCUGCAGGUGCUUUACAAGAAAGCCAUCAUGCCUUACGGCGUUUACAAGAAACAGCAGAAAGACCCACGCGACGAGGCCGCCGUGCUGCAGUACGCGGCCCUGGUGGGGCAGGCGUGCUCCGAGCGGAUGCUGCUCUUCAGAAACUGAGCGGGCGCCCCUGCCCCUGCCGCGGGCUGCUGCUGGGGGCUGCGGCGCAGGUCCAUCGCUCUGGGUCAGUGCCGUUCCCAUCCACAGAUUAGACUUUUUUAUUUUGACGGCUCUCUGGUUUUUCUAAAAUAUUUUGUGGCAAUGUAUUUGUGAGAAUCUCAUGGUUCAUAUAAAGAUUUUUAACAUAGGUUGCGACCUAGACUCCAAUUAAGGUUUGUCAUUUUGCAGUUUGGCUUUAUGAGCAAGAGAUGGUAACCUUCUCCUGAUAACAUUUUGGAAAGUGAAAUGAAUGAAUAGGUCUUAAGUAAUUUAAGUCGCAGUUGUGCUUUUCUGUUCUGUUAGAGAAAUUAAAACAGACUGUUUCCUCUGAUCCACUUACAACAUUCGCGUCUGCUGAAAGCGAAGUGUGGGGAGAAGGCGGGAUUGUGUUUCAUCGCUUAGAAAAUGUCUCCUCAAGGGAACACAGCGGGCUGUUACUCAGUGUUCAGUGUGACAUCACUGCCCGAUGUUACACUCUGCAGUUUAGUAGACAACUUCAAAGAAAGGAUAUUGUGUUAACAUUGGAUGUGUCUUUACCCAGGACAGCCCUAUUCUUGGUCUGCUCUCUUGAAUGGACCAUUUUUCCUAUAGUAAUUACUGCUUGUGCUCCAUUUUACUCUCCCAAGUCUCUCAGUUUGGCCCAUAAAAUAUGUGAUGACCCUAAUUAUAUGUUAUAUUGUACAAACUGGGGUACUUUGUUUCUCAAAAUCUAAGAAAUGGUUUUUUGGUUUUUGGUUUUGUCUUUUUUUUUUUUUUUUGAACCCAUCAAAGGUAAAUGUACGCUAACUUUUAUUUCCUUAAAACUCAGGACACAAGUCUUUGGUUAUCGAUUAAAAAUUAGUUAAUAUCUGCCUACCUUUCUAGCUGUGCCGCACGUCGCACUUAAUGAAGCAGGAAGCAUUUUGACCUCUGACCAGGGCAGGAGGCACACAGCAUCCACUCGUGUGCUGCACUUUGGUUUGGAAGAGUCGGAGAGGAGACGAGCGUCGGCACCGGAGCCGAGGCCGGCCCUCUUUCCCUGUCCCUUCCCUCGUUCAGCAGGUGUCCCUCGUCCCACACCUUUAAGGAGGCAGGCACUGUGCCACGAGGGACGGGAAGGAGCAGGCAUGUCUGCUGCAGCUGCGCUGGAGACGGCGAGGGCGGGGAAGGCUCACUCUCUUGUGCUCUUGCUCGGCUGCUCCCCUUCUGCCGCCACCUGCUUGGCUCCCGAGUCCUUUUCAUGUCCCCCUUGGCCCAUUUUUCCAUUUUCUAUUGAUCUUUUUAAAAAACUAUAUUAUAAAACUUAAUGGCUUGACUCCCACUACUGAUUUUAAACUUUUCUCCUAAAUGCACUGAAUUUAGAUAUGCAGUUGGAAGUGUUAGAAAAUAAUUCAAGGUAGUUAGAAUAAAAGGAUCAUAAAACAGUGACUUUAAAAAACAAAUGUCUAGAAGGUCCACGUCCAGAGUUCUUCACUCGGAGCGAAUGUGCGUCUGUCGCAGCUGCCAUGAGCAGGUACUCAGGGGACUGGGGAUAGAGGCGGAUGGCGUGGACUUUGCGUGCUUCCGGAGCUUCGUCCUUCAGAACAGUCUCUCCCAAGAGCAGUUGACAGACUCUUUUAGAACUGCCUUCAGAAUCUAUACAACAUCUUUUUAAAAAUUUCCCUCUAAAGUAAUAAUUUUUAUGAUUUAUGAAAUGAUGCUAUAAGCAACUAAAACAUUUUUAAAAGAAUAAAUAAAAAAUAAUAACCUGAGGAGUUCCCUUCGUGGCUCAGUGGUUAACAAGCCUGACUAGGAUCCAUGAGGAUGCAGGUUCGAUCCCUGGCCUCACUCAGUGGGUUAAGGAUCCAGCAUUGCUGUGCGCUGUGGUGUAGGUCGCAGACAUGGCUCAGAUCCCAAGUUACUGUAGCUAUGGUGUAGGCCAGCAGCUACAGCUCCGAUUUGACCCCUAGCCUGGGAACCUCCAUAUGCGGUGGUGUAGCCCUAAAAUAGCAAAAAAAGAAAGAAAGAAUGACCUGAAAUCCAUUGAAAGAAACUUCGGUACGGGACAUUUCAGACGUGCUGUGAGGAAUUGCAGUGUUAUUAAAGUUAAGCAGCGCAGGGUCCAUACUUGGUCCCCUGGGCACUCGGACACCCAGGUUGAUCUCCUCAGGCAUGUUACACCUGCUGUCAUCGUAGUAAUUAACUUAUAGAACGGGAUUAAUUAAGACCACAACUGGUGUUUAUCAAAUGAAGAGAAAACUCGAAUCUUAUUUCUUACCACAGCUCUGGUUUCUUCUUGCCGAAUCAGUUUAGGGUUCCUUCAGAGGCAAGUGAUAAACUCCCCCAUCUAUUGUGGGAACCGUGCUGGUGCCCCUGGGAGUGGCCUCCUGGGUUGACUCCAGUAAUGCUCCAGAGAAGAGGGGGCAUGAAGCUGCUUCUGCUCAGUUGUUGUAUUAACGUGUGGUCUUUGGAGAGUAAAGUGUCUUCAAAAGACAUUCUUUUGAGCGCUCGCUAAGUGAAUGUUGAUAGUGGGCUAGGAAAGGACAGUCAAGGAACAUGACUUGGCUUGGUCAGUGGAUAAGCAGUCCAGCUGAGAAAUCUGAUGUUAUGUUUGUGGCUCUCAUUUAAAGAAGGACACAUGAGAACCUUUCAAAGGGGGCUUCUGUCUUUUCAAAGCUGUAAGCUUUGAAUUUGCUGUCUUAGUGUUGUAGAGUCCCUUUCUAAUUUUAGAUAAAUUUACACCUCCCUCCCUGUCUUGGGAGCAAAAAUGUAAUAGAGAUUCCCCAGGCUGCCAUCUGCAUUUAAAUUAUUUCAGUUCUAUGAGAUUUUUUUGUUAUUUUAAAAAAAUGUAAUCUGAGCACUUUUUUAUAUUCUAAAAGAUAGAGGCUGUUAUCAGAUGAAUAUAUUAUUCAUUUGAUUAAAGUUAUUUAGAUAAGAAAUUACUCUUGUUUAUGUUUUCUUUCAAACAGCUUAUCCUAAUUUUUAUCCAUUGUGCAAGAUAUCAGUUGUAUAUGUUUUCUAAACACAUGGGAAUGUAUUAUGUAAAUGAACCUUUCCAGAUUUCUGGACAGUUAUAUAGUUUGAUUUUUAUAGGCUUUUAUUCAGUAUGAAUAAAGAUGAGAGAUGAAGACAGGUACUUAAAACGUAUCUUCUGUUGCUAACUUUAAAGAAGGAAAUGAAAUGGAAACAGUUGGGAAAUGUUUGAUUAGAACUCACUCAAAUGUGUAUUACUUUCCAAAAGAAAACCAGUGACUGCAAGACAAAACAAAUUUGAUUGCAUGUGAUAUUUUCUGCUCUUGUAUGUGCUUCUUGAACAGUCCAUUUGAUAAAGCUUGAAUGGAAAAAAAUAAAACUUUCUAUCUGCAGUGGCUCUUGCUGGUCAUUACUUAAAAGGCAUAUGUAUUUUCAUCUUUUGAGUUCUUGGGUACAUUUUACCUAUAGGGAAUAUGCAGAAUAAAGGUAGAACAUUAGCUAUAUGAAUUAUGGUUUUUAAUUUUCAGUAAUUGGAAUUUCACAUCACAUAGUUACCUGACAAAGUGUGACGGAUUUCUUUUUCAGGAAAAAAUUAAUCUCACCUUAAGCACAGAGCCUGGGUUUUCACAAGAUACAGAUUUAAGUAGCAAACUCAAAUUUAAAUUUCUUUUAAAAAGUUUAGUUUUCAGAAAAUUUUUCAUAAAGUGUAUCAUUCGCAAUAGUCCAGUGUAUUUAUAGGGUGCAUUUUAAAGUGUUUUGUCUUUCAUAGUAUAAGGAGAUCCUGAUAAGUUUAUGGCAAAGUGAAUCCUGUUUCCCAGGUGAUUUAAAUGUUAGUUGUGAUCCCCACUGGUGUUUUUUCUAGAAUGCAAAUAGCUUUAUUGUUUUUCUUAUUUGAAAUGGACAGUGUUUACCAGGUAACACUUAGGCAAUGUAGAAAAUUGUACCAAAACCAAAAAAAAUCACUUACAAUCCCAUCACUGACCACCACUCAUUCGCAUUUUGGCGUCUGUCCUUUCAAACUUUUAUUCUACCUGCAUGUAUGUAUGUUUUGUUUUAUUUUGAAAUAAAAAUGAAAUUAUGCCGUG